AUGCAGGCCCCAGAAGACAGCGCAGCAGCACGGGGGAUCGCCACGAACCAACGCAGCCCCACAAAAUUGUUCCUUAGAGUGCUUGAUCAAUUCGAAUUCUCCGUGAACCGCGAAGAGAACCUACAAUCGGGCCAUUUCUUUCAAAAUCUUGGUGGCGGGUGUAUAACUGACGACAACGAGUCUCAGCACCAUGUUGACCUCGACUUGGCGCCAAGCGAGUCGCAGCAGUUGGGGAUAACCUCGGCUCCUGUUAUUUCUGCUUCUACACUCCAAUUGCCACUGCAAUAUGAAGCACCCGCUGCUGAAUACGCAGAAACUGCAGUGCAUUCAGUCUCGUCCCAUGGCAGGUCCUUUUCAGUUUUGACCGAUGGUACGUCAAUCACGCACCCGCGUCAUGAUUGCGGGCUGGACAUGGACCUGUUUUCUGGUAUUGACGUCUCCCCUGUACGAGUAUCUGAGCUGCCUUCCGUGGAUGAACUCGACAUUUUCACUUCAGAAAUACCUCAAAAUGGCACAGGUCUCGAAGUCGAUAUGCUGCCCCUUUUCCCCUGGCGCAUAGAGUUCUCAUGGGAAGCUGGACGUCUAAUAUAUGCUGGAGAACACUUGAUCGGCCAAACACUUGGUGCAUCGACCGCGGAUAGCGUCACGCUUUCCGACGACACUCUAGCUGCUUCCAUCAUCUGUGUUGCAGGUACUGCUACUGCUGAUGCCGACCGUGACUCGCUAUCCUCGAACCGCGAGACCCCAGCAUCCCAAAAAGCUCCAUGUAACGACCUUGCUGAAGAAAUUUGGUAUGAGUUUCGUCAAAAGGUGAUCAACAUCCUGGAUGAUCACUUUUGGCGAACAUGCGGCGCACGAAACCCGCGCAAGGAGAGCGAUAAAUCUUGCCACACCAGUGGCUACCUCCAGUCAUCGGGAUCUUCGCGUGGUGGAAACAGGAUCUCGAAAUCAAAUGGGCGAACCAAGAAGCAGCAGCAGCAGCGAAAAGGUUCUUCUGGCGAUGACAACAAUGAUGAAGAUUCUGAAGAGGACAAUCAGAGCAGACCGAAGAACAAGAAUCGGCAAACGAAAACCGCAAAGGUUCCAGUUGACUGCCCUUUCUACAAGAACAAUCCCUUUGGGUUCAGACUUUGUACAAACGCGGGCUUUAAAAGAAUCCAAGACCUUAGGGCUCAUCUCAUGGACAAUCACCAACAGUCUCAUUGUGAAUCAUGCCUACAAAUUCUGACUGUGGAGCAGCGUUUGUUUCACGGUCCCGUCUGUGUAGGACACUACACUCACAAUGUGAACUUUCUAACUAAGGAAGCCAUCAGACGCCUCCGUGAGCGAGCUGAUAAAGAUGCCUCCCUUCCUGAGCAGUGGUUACGAUUUUAUAGGAUCAUUUUCCCAGAUGCUAAGCCACCGUUCCCUAGCCCAUAUGUGGAGCCUCAUCGUAUCCAGCUCAUAAAGUUUAUUUGCAACCACCUCCAGGAACAUAGUCACACGCUUUUACCAAGGAUCUCUCAACAUUACCCGCCUGAGCAGUUUUGCACUGGCCAAACUGUUCAGAGGCAAAUCGACCAGGGAAUUAAAGAGGGGAUUGCCGUUUUAAGUCACAGCCUAAUGACGACAAAUUUUCCCGGUUUUGUCACCGAGUGUCCUUCAUCUCUGAACGACAUGCACCAGUCCGAUGAUGUAGCGCUGCCAACGAGGCAUGACCAGGGCUCCGAUUUCGGGCCGUUCUAUCAAGGCACAAACUUUGUCCCCGUUCCCUCCCAGCCGUUUUCUUAUAGCAGCUCUUGCAUCGAUUAUAAUUUCAAUUCAGCGAUGAACGAGGUAGAUCAAUCCGGUUCCCACAAUCAUCGUACAAGUGCUUGGAACCAGGAAAUCUCGGUCGGAGAAGCCUUCAACGAAAUUCAGCCCCUUGAUGGCCUUUCUGGCUCAGCUAGCAUCUUCAAUGAAGGAGCCGCUAACGACUCGUAUCCGUUCUUCUUGGAAGUCCCUACUGCACCGCAUGAUCAAAUAAUUCAGCCACUUUUGGCCACUUCCUCCGACGAAGUAGGGCCGUUCUCACAUAUGGGAGUUGACGCUCACAUGCCCGAUCUUGGCGCUCUGCUCAUUGCUGAGCCAAACCCCAUUACCAACCAUUUUCAGCAUUGCCUAUAUGAUCAGCCAAACUUUUAUUCCCACUACGGGACAUAUAAUUCUUUUCGAUGA